AUUCGCCAUGUUCCAUGUUGCUGCUUCACACACCACUAUAUAUACAUUCACAUUGGAGGCGUGAGUCACGUCUCAGUCUCACUGACACCAUGACGACCGCUCUCACCGGUUUCCGGUUGGUGGCGCAGCAAUUCCGAGUGCUGCUGAAGAAGAACCUCUUGCUCUCAUGGCGGAACAGGAAAGCGAGCCUUCUGCAGCUGCUAUCCCCUUUGCUCUUCACCUUCCUCAUAUUCGCAAUCGACAAAGCCAUCAAGGCUCAGACCUCAACCUCUUCCGCGUACAAGAGCGUCACCGACCCUCCCUCCCAACCCUCUCCCUCCAUCACUCCCUGCGAGCACAAGUUCUUCAUCAAAAGCCCCUGCUACGACUUCGUUUGGAGCGGCGACGCCAAGUUUCGCACCAUCGUCGACCGCAUCAUGAACAACAACCCUGGCAGACCCAUCCCUCCCUCCAAGGUGAAGUCCUUUAGGGACAAGAGUGAAGUGGAUGCGUGGCUUCUCGAUAACCCUAUGCGUUGUCCAGGGGCUCUUCAUUUCGCGGAGAGAAACGACACCGUUAUAAGCUACGGCCUUCAGACGAAUUCCACUAGUCUUCCGCUGCGAGGGAAGUACGAGGACCCUACUUUUUCGUUCCAGCUCCCUCUUCAGCUUGCCGCUGAGCGUGAAAUUGCCAGAUACCUUAUUGGAGAUGUGGGAUUCAGUUGGAAUGUGUUUCUGAGGGAAUUCGCGCACCCUAGCAUGAGUCCUUUCUCUGCCGUGGGAUCAACGGGUCCCGCCUUUUUCCUUGCCAUCGCCAUGUUUAAUUUUGUUCUUCAGAUGAGCUCUUUGGUGACGGAGAAAGAGCUUAAACUUCGUCAGGCAAUGAAUAUGAUGGGCCUUUAUGACUUUGCUUACUGGUUUUCCUGGCUCAUUUGGGAGGCAGUUGUCACAAUCCUAUCGUCUCUACUCAUAGUUCUCUUUGGAAUGAUGUUCCAGUUUCAAUUUUUCUUGAAAAACAGUUUUUUGGUCCUGUUCUUUUUGUUCUUCCUAUUUGAACUUAACAUGACUGGCUUGGCCUUCAUGUUAUCUUCUUUCAUUCAGAAAUCAUCUUCGGCAACAACAGUGGGCUUCUGUAUAUUUAUUGUGGGCUUUUUGACUCAGAUUGUGGUACAAGGAGGAUUUCCUUAUAAACAUAGCUUCUCCAGUACUAUACGAAACGUGUGGUCGUUAUUCCCACCUAAUCCUUUUGCUCAAGGCAUACAAGUGCUUUCAGAUGCUGUUGCAACAUCUGAAGACAAUGGUGUUAGCUGGAGUAAACGAGGAGAAUGUCCCCUUACUGAUGACGACUGUGUGAUAACUAUUGAUGAUAUUUAUAAAUGGCUUGCGGCUACAUUCUUUCUCUGGUUUGUUCUGGCCAUUUACUUUGACAAUAUAAUCCCCAAUGCAUCGGGUGUUAGGAAAUCAAUAUUGUACUUUCUAAGUCCCAGCUAUUGGACGGGAAGAGGAGGUCAAAAAGUGAAAGAGGGUGGGGUUUGUAGUUGUGUAGGUUCAACCCUACGUCAAGAACAAGGUACACCAGAUGAUGAAGAUGUACUUGAAGAAGAAAACAAAGUUAAGCAGCAACUAAGAGAAGGUCUGGUUGAUGCAAAUGUUGCUGUUCAGUUACAUGGCCUUGCAAAGACAUAUCCUGGUACACUUAACUUUGGUUGCUGCUGUAAAUGUAAAAGAAGUUCUGCUUACAAUGCUGUCAAGGGUUUGUGGGUGAACUUUGCCAAGGAUCAGUUAUUUUGUCUGCUAGGACCCAAUGGAGCUGGAAAAACUACAGCCAUUAAUUGUUUGACAGGGAUAACUCCGGUAACUGAUGGAGAUGCAUUGAUUUAUGGACAUUCAAUCAGAAGCUCUACUGGCAUGUCAAACAUUCGAAAGCUUAUUGGAGUAUGUCCACAGUUUGAUAUCCUAUGGGAUGCACUGUCUGGUCAAGAACACCUCCAACUCUUUGCUACUAUUAAAGGCCUGACCCCAGCUUCCAUAAAAUCAAUUACCCAGAGUUCAUUAGCAGAGGUGAGACUCACCGAUGCAGCCAAAGUGAGAGCUGGAAGUUAUAGUGGAGGAAUGAAACGUCGUCUAAGUGUUGCAAUUGCCCUUAUUGGUGACCCUAAGUUAGUCAUUUUGGAUGAACCGACUACUGGUAUGGAUCCAAUAACAAGAAGGCAUGUGUGGGACAUAAUUGAAAAUGCAAAAAGAGGGCGUGCCAUUAUUCUUACAACGCACUCUAUGGAAGAAGCCGACAUUCUAAGUGACCGCAUAGGAAUCAUGGCUAAAGGAAGGCUUCGUUGCAUUGGCACCUCAAUCAGAUUGAAGUCACGCUUUGGUACUGGAUUUAUUGCUAAUAUCAGCUUCUAUGGAAACAAUAUUGAACGUAGUCCUGCCAAUGGAGAUGCAAUAUCUACAGAACAUCGUGAGAUUGUGAAGAAAUUCUUUAAGAAUCGUUUAGACGUAGUGCCAAAAGAGGAGAACAAUAACUUUCUAACUUUUGUGAUUCCUCAUGACAGAGAGGCGCUCUUGAAGAAUUUCUUUUCGGAGCUCCAAGAUAGAGAAGAAGAAUUUGGCAUAUCUGACAUCCAGCUUGGCCUAACAACUCUCGAAGAAGUUUUCUUGAAUAUUGCAAAGCAAGCAGAGCUAGAAAAUGCUACAGCUGAAGGGAGACUAGUGACCCUUAACUUAACAUCUGGGGAAUCUGUCCAGGUUCCUACAGGAGCUAGGUUUGUGGGUAUUCCAGGAACAGAGUCUGCAGAAAGCCCCACAGGGUUUAUGGUAGAAGUAUACUGGGAGCAAGAUGAUACUGGUGCCCUAUGUAUUGCUGGCCACUCACAGAAAGUUCCUAUUCCUCAAAGCGUUCAACCAUCAUCCUCUACUCCUGCAGCUGCAAGACACCGUAGAAAUUUACGCCGGUCAGGACCAGUUCAUGGGGUUGUGAUUGAUCCAAGUCAAGUUAGUUCGGUCCACUUUCAGUGAUGCUGAUGCAUCAUGCCAAAGGUAUAGGGAGAUGCUUCAUGCCCUAUUUUUAUUUUUUUUAUUUCUCACAUGUAUAUAUUAUUUUGGUCACCUCUCACAGACCCUAUGCCUAAUGUAUUCAAUCUUUUUUACUAGGAAAAUUAUGCAUGGACAUCACUAUACUAGAUAACACCUAUAGAGAGAAAGAAAGAAAAGAGAAAAAUGUAGGUACAAUAGAUAAUACAUUGUGAUAGGAAGAGAGAGAGAGAGAAAUGAUAGGUUUUAGUGUUUGUUAUAUAAGAGUGGUUAUAAAAAAAAGUAUUAGUGGUUAUAAAAAAAUUACCUUGUUUACCAAUACUUUUCUACAAUUUUUUUAAUUUAAUUUAUCACAUUUUUUUUAUUUCUCUUUUUUAUUUUUUGUAAAUAUAUGUUGUUAAAAUAAUGUUACGAGAAAAGGGCAAAGUCAAUUCAAGUUUGA